AUGUUUUGGCGUAUACUGCUUUUCCUAUUUCUUAUUUAUCGUGGCGUAUUACGCAUUCAUAGCUAUUGUAUCAAGCAUAUUCACCUGUACGAUGUGCCCAGUGUCCAAGGCUACGAAGGUCUCAACAUCCCAAUCCCGAAAGAUUUGUACACGUUCGGUCUGUCUAGCGCCGAUUCGUGGGAUUGUGCUUUAGUUGGCUCGCUACGGAAAGACAAACGUGGCUACAUCGAAUGUUGCUACACGGAGAAGUUGUUCAGUGACAAUUGGACAGAGUGGGCAAGAGAUUCGAUGAUUCUAUCAGGGAUCUAUACAAGCAAUGUGAGUGGUGCGGAAUACUAUCCUUAUCGGAAAGAGGAUUGGGAUUAUUUGAAUCCGGACAAAUUAUGGACCUGA